CAAAGUGAAACGACGUGUUUUAUGGGAGGGUACAGCGUUUUAAGAAGACGAAACUUCUUUCUUUUUUCUCUGCCCGGCGGCGAUGGAGUCGCAGGAUUUACCGGAAUGUCCGGUCUGUUUGCAACCGUACGACGGCGAGUGCACGAUCCCGCGUGUGCUCGCGUGUGGCCACACGGUGUGCGAGUCAUGCCUAUUGAACCUCCCUAAGAAACUCCCGGGAGCAAUCCGAUGCCCCGCGUGUACGGUGCUCGUCAAGUACCCACCGGAGGGCCCCACGACUCUCCCCAAAAACAUCGACCUCCUUAGACUAAUCCCCGGCGGCUCUGAAAAUCCCCGAAAACCCGUCUACAAAUGCAAAAAUGUCUCCAAUCUCCCUUUCCUCCCUCGCUCUUGGUCCGACGAGUUUUAUUCCAACUGGAAAAGCUACCUUCUCCGUGACGAUACCGUUGAGAGAGACCAAGUGAGCCUUUUGCCUGUUGGGUCUUUUUCAAGUGGCGGGGAGGAUGGUUCUUUGUUUAAGGCUGGAUAUCUCGUGAGAGUUAUGGAUUGUUUGCGUGAAAUGAAAGAAGAGGAAAGAGGGGAGUUGGGUUUAGUUUUAAGAGCUUUUACUAAGCAAAAUUGUAGAAUUUGUAGAGUUUUGGGUCUGUGGGGUGACCUUGGGGACGGGGUUUUGUAUUUAGCGAGUGAGAAGCAAAAAAGGGGGAACUUUUUGGACAAGAACUUGGGGUGUUUUGAGAAAGAAGGGGUUUUUAAUUUUGCACUGAUGGGUAUGGAAAUGUGUGAGGCAGUCAUUUCUUUACAUAAAGAAGGGUUGAUUGCUGGUUGCUUAAGCUUUUCUUGCUUUCAGUUGGAUGAUUUUGGGCAUAUAUAUCUUGAUUUGAUUGAGGUGUUAUUGACUGGUAGGGGAAUUCAAGAUGUUGUUGCAAAUGUUGGAUUUAGUGGGAAAAAGAUUGGUGAUGGAGAAAUCCGUAUGUUGUUUAAAGAUUUGUUGAAAAGGGAUGUGUUUGUUUGCCCUGAGGUGUUGCUUAAGCUGUUAGAGAAAGAGGGUACUGGGGUAGAGUGUUGUAGCUUGAAAUAUCCAAUAAGAUAUAGCUCGGAUGCUUGGUUGUUAAGUUGUAUUCUUCUUAGGAUUGUCAAUGGGGAUGUCUUUAGUGAUGAGUGGGUUGAAUAUAUGUGCCAUAUUAUUGUGAAAGGAAGUGAAAAUAGUGAAAUAGAUUGUUCAAGUGUCUAUACAAGUUCGAUGGAGAAAGUGAGUUCUUUAUUGGGAACUAAAUUUGGUGCCGAAUGUGUGUCUUUGCAGCAGAUUCUAUGUAAAUGCUUGGAUCUUGAUCCUGAGAGUCGUUCACUUGUUGUUGAUGUGUGGAAAUGUAUUAGGGAGCUAGUUAUUAGACCUCAGUUUGAUAAAAUGGUGAAAUUGGAUGGUGCAAGUUAUGAUGAGAAUGGAGGUCGAUGUAUGGGUGUCGGGAAAUUGUGUCUGUUGUCCAGGGAAAGAACGGAAACACAGGAAAAAGAUGAGUUACAAGGAAAAGAAGCAAAUGGUGCAACAGACAUGGUUAAUGGUCUUACAGAGGGCAGAAUUAAAUGGAAAGAUUUGCAAGGCCAUCUUGAUUGUGUUACUGGAUUAGCUGUAGGAGGGGGUUAUCUGUUUAGCUCCUCCUUCGAUAAAUCAGUCAAAGUAUGGUCCCUGCAGGAUUACUCUCAUGUGCAUACGUUCAGAGGUCAUGAGCAUAAGGUAAUGGCUGUUGUCUGUGUGGAUGAAGAACAGCCAUUAUGCAUUAGUGGCGAUAGUGGAGGUGGCAUAUUUUUAUGGAGCAUUAAUAUCCCUUUCGGACAAGAGCCGUUAAAGAAAUGGUACGAGGAAAAGGAUUGGCGCUAUAGCGGAAUCCAUGCUUUGGCAGUUUCAGAAAAUGGCUAUUUAUACACUGGAAGUGGAGAUAAAUUGAUUAAAGAAUGGUCAUUGCGGGAUGGCACCCUGUCAGGCACUAUGACUGGCCAUAAAUCGGUAGUUUCUGCCAUAGCGGUGAAUAAUGGAGUUCUUUACAGCGGGAGUUGGGAUGGAACUGUGCGAUUAUGGAGUCUAAGUGAUCAUAGUCUUUUGACUGUUUUAGGGGAAGACAUGCCAAGAGCUGUGUCCACUGUUCUGUCCCUUGCAGCUGACCAGCAUACACUUAUUGCUACUUAUGAAAAUGGCUCUGUGAAGAUCUGGAGGCAUGAUGUGCUUAGGAAAUCGAUGCAAAUACACAAUGGUGCCAUUUUCACUGUUAGCUUGGAUGGGAAAUGGCUUUUUACAGGAAGUUGGGACAGAACCAUCAAGGCACAGGAACUAGCAGGAGAUGAUGUUGAAGUAGAUGUUCGACAUAUUGGAUCGAUUCCUUGUGAUUCUGUUAUAACAGCUUUAUCAUACUCAGAAGGGAAGCUUUUUGUCGGUUUUGGUGAUCGGACCGUUAAGGUAUGUUCCAUACCUUUUUGUAGUUUUUCAUGAGAAUUUGCUCCUUUUAUGUCAUUUCUCACGAGGUAACAAUCCGAUAUGUAUUUUACACAAAUAAUCACUUUAUUCUUUGUUUGCCUGGCAUUUGUUAUAGUUGACAUCACAUACAUUUUUUCAUUUGAUAACUUUUUAUUUUAUUUUAUUUUAUUUUGAUUCUUUCAAUUCGACAGAGAAUUCCUGUGUUUCCCUUGCCAGGCUUUAAGACCUCGGCAUGUUGAUGAUAACCAACAACGAAAACAAGAUUUGCUAUUCUUUAUCUGUUUGUCUUUCGUUUUAUGUUUUCAGUUUCCUACCAACCAUGGAUGAACUGCUCAAUCAGUUAACACUGAUAUCAACUUGCAGGUAUACUAUCAUGGGAAGUGAUCAAAGCCUCAUUGGCUUGCAUUUCUAGGACCCCCAAGGUUUUGAUGGAGUGGGAUACGACAGGCAACGAGUUGGUGACCUUUGUACAGAAAAUAUACCAAUACAUGUAUACAGGGGGUGAGUAGUGUGAAGUGUCCAUACGCUAUCAACUCAUGUUUGAGAAGAGUAGUGUGAAGUGUCUAUACACUAUCAACUCAUGUUCAAGUUCUUCUCAAGCUAUAAUAACAGUAAAUAUACUGUAAAUAUAGACUAUGUUACCCGGAUUCAGGAUUCAAAAGUGAACAUCUGUUUAUGUCAAAAACAUUCCAAAUACGAAUGUUUUAAGAAAAAUAAAGGCUUCAGAUAAUAUAUAUAAUGCAAAAUAUUAGAAUUUUGGUUCCA